GCGAUCUCGUCCGGAGUGUCGAGGUACACUCCACGUCGCGAGCUCCUCUCUCGCAGCUGCGCUCCGAUCGACCGGUCGUUCGAUGGGUCGAUCGCGCACACCCGACCCUACGAGAAGAGCCGAGCGAUCCACCACCGGAGAGAGAGAUCCCCGUUCGGUCCAGGCAUCGAAAAUUUCGUGCGACCGAGCGGACCGAGCCGCGAGGAAAUUCGCGCGUUUCUAUCGCGAGGGAAUUCAACGGGUGGCUUCGAGUCGUUCGCUGCGGUGUCGUUUCGACGUCGACGAUGAGAUUUGAGACGUUCCCGUAACGUCCUGCUGAAAAUACGCAUCUUCUGUAUCGAUCUCGACACACGCAUAUCAAUUCUGUUUGCACACGCGUGUAAAAAUGCCUCGUACGAGCUGGCGCUUUUGAUGGAUACGACGGAGCUCCGUUAAGUUUCGAUGAUCGACGAGGUGAGUGCGAAGGAUAAUUACAGUGAAUGGGGGGGUCGAACUUGACCCCGAGUAGCGCGACCGUGCCGUCAAAAAAAAAUCACGAGAAUACGGAACGUAUAGAGGUUAGAAUGGAACAUUGUGACACUCAAACUGGAUUUCGCCCGUGAUCGUUGUUCUUUCGUACCCUCGGACAUGGAGUAGCAAACAAAGAAUAGAGAUACAUUAAGAAGGAUUAUGCAACGGCCUAAUGUUGCGACGGACGGUGUCUCAUUUUCAUUAAGUGUACGGACGGAGAGCAAUUCGUCUGAUUCCCGAGACAUUUGUGAAACAAGAGAACUUUUCGACGACGUGAAACGCCUAAGUUACACCGCGCAGACUGGUGAAAUGUAAAAGGAACGAAGGCGCGAGUUUGGUGCGAAGUACUGUGAGAGAUACCGUGUCGCGAUGUCGUCGAGUGGUGAAUUUUCGACGUUGUCGAGCGGCGAGGCCACCGGAACUGGCGAGGACUCGUUGCCGAGCUCGAGAGAGGCGACCGCCGAGGCCGCGGGUUCCGGCGGCGGUUUCAUACCGCUACGCGAGUUCCUGGACAGAUUCUCACUGCCAAGGGUGGUCAGGGUCGAAGGUGCCGGUGGAAGGCCGAUUCUGCUGUACAAGCAACAGCAGAGAUCGCUUAGAGUCACGGCUACGCUGCUGAUGCAUCGUUACCAUCACGAUGUCAAAGUGGGACCGGAAAUAGUCAUCCCGGAAGGCUAUCCUGGCUGGUUCUCGGUGGUCUCCAACAACAGUGGUACCGGAAAUGCCAGAGUGUACAGAAGAGUCGGCGCGUUGGUGCGCGCCGGCGUGCCGGCGUUCUUGCUCGCGAAACCAUUGCGGGCUUACACGUUGACGCACUCCAAAAUGGAGAAUGGAAAUUUGCGGGCCCACUACACGAAGACGACGGUGCGCGCCGGUGAGGUCCUGCGGCUGACCGCCGUUUUCCAGGACACUCGCCGGGCCCCGGUCACCACCGGCGCGUCCGGAAUGAUCCCGGAAGGCAAGUGCUCGAGAUCGUCGGAGCGGGAUCAGUACGCCCAGUGCUUGGAUUCUCACGGGCACGAGUUGUUCGCGCCGCUCUCGGCCAGAGGCGAGUUCUACGCGACCUGUCAGAGCGGCAGCCUCGACACCGGCAGCGACGCGGUGCUCUACAGGGUUCACCAGCUCGCCAGGAGGGAUCUGCCCCUGAGGGUGCGUCUAGUCGCUGGACCCCUGCCCAUACCGUUGCCGCGAGAUUACAGCGGCCUGAUGCAGUUGGAGAACGCGACCAGGGGACCCAUAGUCCUCGGCUGCGCGGUACCGCUAAUGCCCGAGAGGCCCUUACCCAAUACCACGGUGCCGGAGCUCCUGGAGCUCGUCGCGAUCGGUCCAACCGCGCCCCGGGUGAAAAGGGCACGACUGGGAUGCCCUUCUGAGGCGAGGUUGCUCGCCUCGCCGAAAAUGCAGCGAUUACUCUCGGCUUGCAGAAGAGCCUUAGACCAGAGAGCGACCGAGCCUCGAGUCGCCCCGCCGAAACCGGCAUCCAACAAUAGUCAGCUGAAAGAGCUGCAUUUGAAGGAGAUUAAGGCGAAGCACGAGGCGAAACCAAUACUGCAGAGCUUGAAAGAGGGUCUGGAGCACAUCAAGAAGACGACGAUCCGCGACCGGAGCAACAGUCGCAGCGCCGGCAAUAAUCACAGCUUCCUCGACAGGAUCUCGAGGAUAGCGCAGGGUGGGAAGAGCAGAAACCCGGCGAAGAAAUCGGCAUCUUUCACGUUCGCUGUACGACCGGAGAUCGGCAUGCGAUCGCCAGAGAGAUACGCCAGUUUGGAGUCGGAAACGAAUCUGAUGCAGGCGUCGCAGGCGUCGUGUAGACAACAGGUGCAGCGUUCGAUCUCGACGAGCGUCCUCGAGGUGCAGACCAAUAGUCCGGACAUGGAUCCGCCGUACUCUAAAGUGAGAGACAGCCUGACGCCGUUGCCGCCCACACCGCCGCCGAAACCGGAAGAGAUCUACGCCGAGAUCUGCGAGCCGGGCGGUGGCCUGUUGCGAGAUUGGUCGCAGGAUGAAAAAUCUCCGCCGGUGGGGGCGAACGGCACCAGGGAGCGAGAUCGGGGCUACGUGAAGCUUGCGCUGUCCGAGGUGUCCGAUGUGUCGGCGAGCACCGGCGACGACGAGGAGGGCAUUUACAAUACUGUGUGCUGAGCGCGCGUUUUCUUCCGUCCAAGUUAGACCCAACAUCCGCGGGGAAUCGUUUGUGACUCGCGGUAGCUGACCCCAGCUGGUACCACCGGAACAAAUGAUGUGACGUGCACGGGAGUCGAAAGGUCGCGGGAAUUGUUCGGCGCGGUUGCGGGUGCCGAUGCUCUUUUUCAGACGCGAGGAGUAUUACACGUUCGUCUCGAAAGGAUCGUCCCAGGGUCUUAAAAACAAUCGAGCCAGUAUUGUCAUAAAUGUUUUUCUAACGAGAAAUGCGAGAGUAUAAAUAUCGACUAUUUUUAUCGAUUAAGAAAAUCCGCUGUAUUUUUAUAAGUAAGAACGAAAACUGUUCUCCUAAACAGCCGCCGACUGUCGGUCCACUGUUAAGAGGAUAGGAAUACAAAUUUGGGGAGACACCGCUUUUCGGACCGCGGAGGAUGGAGACGAGGGCGAAUGUAUCGGUCGCGAAUGAGUUGAUGAGGGAUUUACGGCUCGGACCACCGUCAAGGAAAUUGCUACGCCAACGAUUUCUUUUGCCGCGAGAGGACGCGAACGCGAACGUCCACCACGGGGGUAUUGCGCGGAAUGAUUUACAAGGCUGUUGACCGGGGAAAAUGAUCCCGUAAUUACGGGCCCCGGUGCUUGCUGCUGCAGCGGAUGUAGCGGGGCAUGCCGACCGGGGAUAGCACGCAGUAUCGCUUCUUCGUGGCUUCCGUCAUUAGAGAAUCUGUCGUCCCGCGAGGGGCGUGUUAAUAGUAGCGGGCUCUCUUACCGCGCGAUUACCUCAGCCACGGCCGCCGAGUAACAUUGGUGUCGGAAAAACGCGCCCGCGUACAAUUAACCCCGCUCAGGAAGCAUCUAGCUGAUCUGCGAGAUUAACCGUUGGAAACUGCGAAUCUCGAACCGCCUGUAACAAUAAACGCGUCGUGUCAGUAACCAAACGAAUCUCGAAAAUAAAACUCGGGCAUUUUGUGUUGUUGCAAACCUUAUAAUAACUUUAAUAAUAUUCAACAUGAAUUUUUUAUCAAGGUUUCUUUGAUAUAGAAUUUAUUCUAGCGUUCUCGGGCAAGUUUAAUUUGUUAUAUCUUGAGCUUUACGCCGUUCAGUGUUUCGUGUAAAGGCGGAUCUGAAUCGCGGUAGCAAAGAUGAAUAAUCAAUUAAUCACGAACGCGCGUUUGGACAAAGUACGUGCUCGUUUCGCUUGAUGUAAAAGGAAUGGAACGUAUUCGAUGUACGUUUAAACUCAUAGCGCAGUUUAUACUCAUUACAGCAAAUUCACUUAUUCGUGUUCAUUUGCACAGUUUUUUUCCCGGUUUUCAUCCAGCAUCCCAAUAAUACAAGAAACAGGAUGGACGAAUGAAAUGUUCCGACGACGGCUCGUACGUAGGGUCGCACGAAGGGGACGUGAAGCGGAUUGUUGAACGUCGAUCUAAACUUUCCGAACACGUCCGAGGCCGGCAACGUGUAACGCGAAGCGCGCAACCGACGCAGCACGGAGAAAUCGACGGUAGAAUGUAAACGAGCCGGUCGGCGGCUUCUAGGAAGAGAAAAUUACCGACGUCCUUCGAAGGUCUAGGUCAUCAUUGGGAUCGCGUACGAAGCUCGAACGAGGCGGUAGCGACUUGGCUGCCGAGCCGGGCUGAGUCGAGAUGCGCUCGCUCGCUCGCUCGCCCGCACGGCCGGCCAGAGCGAUACUUUGUGACGAUUAAUCCAUUAGCUCGUCAUGCUUCGCAGCAUUUGGCUUCCUUUUCGUGUACGAUGACCCCGAAGUUUCGCGCGCUCUCGCGCCCGAUUGCGUGACGUUGCGCGAUUGGCUGUUAAACGCGUGAUUACAAACCUCGCGGUACGUAGCAGGUACUGCGUUCGAAACGCUUCGAGGAAACGAGAAUAUCUCCCCGUGCCCUUCUCUCUCGCUCUCCCGCCUGCUUUUCCUCUCUCGCUCUCUCUCUCCUUCUCUCUCCCUAUCGUUCUCUCGCAUGACGGAGCGCUUGGAGCUGCCAGUCGGCCGAGCUAAGAUGAUGAAGAAAGGGCGUAAAAAUCGGGGGAACGACGGACGAAGAUGCGUCUAAUGGAAAAUACCCGCGGGAGAACGCGCGAGGGAACCAGGAUUCGUUUGCCGAGGGUUCUCGGAGGAUCCUAACGGCUGUAAUCUUGUCUAAUUUGACGUCUUCGGCGUCCGCUCGACUCGCGCGCGCGCCCGCGCGCGCGAUAACGAUGUAGUAUUUUGCAGGUUUUGUGUAUAUUCGAACGAAGUCGUUACGAAGAGUGAAAAUAAAGACAGAGAAUUUCUACAA